GAAUUGUUCUAGCAAUCAUAAAUUAUCAUCAAUCAAGGCGACCAUUAAAAAUAUGUCAACAGAAAAACAACAGAUGUUUACCAAAUCCAGCGCUAAUGAUGGCCAUUCUCGGUAUAUUAAAAUACAAGAACAUUUAAAAAGGUAUUUGAUAGCCUUGAGACCAUGGUCAUUUACAGCCAGCUUUACACCUGUGGCCCUGGGCAGUGUUCUGGCAUACAAGGCUGUUGGUUAUUUCUCCCUGCCAGUUUUCAUCACCACCUUAGUCACAGCAUUAUCAGUGCAUGCAGCAGGCAACCUAGUCAACACUUACUAUGAUUAUGUCCGAGGUAUCGAUACGAAACAGAGUGAUGAUCGUACACUGGUAGACAAAAUUCUCAACCCUGAAGAGAUACAAUGGCUAGGAAUGGUUCUAUAUUCAAUAGGAAUUGGAGGAUUUCUACUGCUUUGUCUCCUAUCUCCAGCUAAAAUGGAGCAUUUAGCAUUGAUAUUCUUCUGUGGCCUAUCCAGCAGCUUUCUAUAUACAGGCGGGCUUGGGUUAAAGUAUAUAGCCCUGGGCGAUAUCAUUAUAUUUCUCACAUUUGGACCAAUUACUGUGAUGUUCUCAUUCUUGACACAAGCUGGGGAGCUGUCUAUCGUUACUCUUCUAUACGCCAUGCCUUUAGCCUUAAAUAUAAUCGCCAUUCUUCAUGGAAACAACACAAGGGACAUGGAGUCGGAUAACAAGGCUAAAAUUGUAACAGUUGCCAUUCUUUUAGGCUGGUUAGGUUCCUAUAUUCUAUUUGUAGUUUUACUAUUUUUGCCAUAUUUGCUGUUUGUUCAGGGUGGUUUACACAUAUCAAAGUGGAUGUUUCUACCAGUUAUCACAUGUAAGGAAGCAUUCAAUAUAGAGAGACAAUUUAGGGCUAAGCAGCUGAAUAAAGUACCACAGAGAGUGGCUUUGUUAAACUUCCAGAUGGGGAUACUAUAUGUACUAGCUUGUCUAUUAGCAAACAAGUCAGAUCUGCCAACACUUCUGUGAAACAUUCCAUGAUGAAAAAUAAUUUAAUGUGGAAAUCAAAAUCAAUAUUGAUAUGAGUAUAUUUGUAUUCAGCUUAACUGUUUGACUAGGUACUGUAUUCACACAAACAAUGCCUUCAGAACCAUAAGUAAAUGUCAAUUUAAAAAUGCCAUAGAUCUAUUUUGUUGAUUUUUAAUGAAUUUUCCUGGAUUCCUGCAUGGCAUUGACCAUAGUCUAUAUGUGCCGUCCGUGUGAGAGGUUUUGUUGUUGUUUUUUAAUAUCAAACAUAUCUUUUAUGCCUGAAAAUCUCUGAAAUUAUGUACAGCUGAGGAUUUCUAAAGUUUUUCUAUGCCAGUAAAACUGGAACUAUACAAACAUUUACAUGUACAAAAUCUUUAAGUCAAAAAGUUUUGGGUGAUUGAAUUUAGUUAUCAAAAUAAAAAAUCUGCCCUGAAAUUAUAAUUAUCAAUCGUCUUCAUUUUACAUGUAUCAUAUUAUUAUUUAUUUUGUUUAGCUUAAUAAUUCUGACAUAAACAUGUACAAUGUAUAAGUACUAAAACAUUACAAUUUAGUUCAAACAAAAUGAUGAUUUUUAGCUCGACUAUACGAAGUAUAUGGAGAGCUGUCCUACUCGCCCCGGUGUCGGCGGUGGCGUCCGCGUCCAGAUUUCAGAUUAAAGUUUUGGUGCAGUAAAAUAUUUUUCACUAUAACUUUGUCAUUUCUUAAGUUAUCAACUUCAAACUUCAAAUAUAUGUUCCUUAUCAUCAACCACAUCUUAUGUGACAAGGUUCAUAAGUCUAGAACCAAUAUUUUAAAAUUUAUCUCCCCUUGAACAUAGAAUUUUCCUUAAAAAAUACUAUUUUUACUGUUACUUCUUUAUUACUUAAGGGAUCAACUUCAUACUUCAAAUAUACACAGUACUACUUCAAAUAUAUAUUUCUUAACAUAACACAUGUUGUGUGACAAGGUUCAUAACUCUAGCAUGACUAUUUCUAGAAUUAUUCCCCUUGAUCUUGGAAUUUAUGUUAACAUUGUUAUUUUUUUACUAUAACUUAAUACAUAAUUAUACAUAAUUGAUUUUUCUUUCAUAGUUUUGUCUUCCUUACUGCGUCCAGUAUUUUUUAAGUCGAGCUUCGCUGUCUCCUGUGACAGCUCUUGUUAAUUUGACUUAUUUUCAUUCAUUGUGUUACAUUAACAUUUAAACGUGAUAGAGUUGUCACUCAAACAAAUAAUGAUGUAUAAAUUAAAUCUAUAAUUCAAGAAAAUGAAUUCAAUGCAUAUUCAUGUACGCCAUACCUACAAUCAACUUUCCAUAGCAACCAGUGACUUUUUUUUACAUAAUUAUGCAUUGUUUCAGAAUCUGUUGCAGAUUUGAACUAUGAUAUCAGUCAACUUAAAUUUUGAUCUGACUGUUUUUUCUUCAUUUUGUUUGUAGAAAGUGCAUCUGCUAGUUGUAUUUCUUGAUUUUGUUAUUUAAUAAUUAGGUGUAAAUUUCUAUGUGAACAUUGUUAAUUGUAUUAUGAAUUACUUGUUUGUAUUGCUUUUGCCAAAGAAAUGUUGAUCUUGAAAUCCAGAUUCAUGGCCUAGGCUACGUAUUCAGAAACUUUGUGCUGUUUUUUUGUUGUUGUUUUAUUUUUAAUAACUUAUUCAUCAGUAUGUUGUAUAAUUGUGAUUUAUGGUCUUGAUUGUUAAUGAAUUAAAGAUAGUUGUAAAACAAAAGCUUUUUAAUUAGACAUAAUUGCUGGAAAAGUAAUUUCAUAUGAUGAGGCAACUUGUAUACAUAUCAGAUAGGCAGUCCAGUGGCUGAUAGCACAUAAAGUAAAGCUUGAUUUUUUAUGCUCCCCGAAGGGUGAGCAUAUAGUUGCCUCUUUGUUCGUCCGUCCGCUUUUCUUGUCCGGGAAAUAACUUUGAAACAACAAGAGAUAUCAACAUGAAACUUUGUAGGUAGAUAGAUCUCAUUGAGUAGGUGUGCAGUGCACAAGAACCGUAACUCUGCCUUGCCUAAUUUUUGAAUUAUUGCCCUUUAUUUAUUUUUACACUUUGAACUUUGUCUGGGACAUAAAACUAUAAGAGUUAUCAACAUGAAACUUUGUACGUAGAUAGAUCUCAUUGGAUAAAACUGCAAUGCUAAAGAACCAAAACACAGCCUUGUCUAAUUUUGGAGUUUUUGCACUUUGGUCAUUUUUUUUAUAAUUUUCUGUGUCCGGGGAGUAUCACCCAGUUUAACCGGUUCUUUUUUACAUUAAUUUUCUACAUAGAUUUUACAAGUAUUAUGUAAUUAAAAUUUAGGUUAUAUUAUGUUGAAAUGACAAAGAUGCCAUGACUUUCUGAAUGUCAGCAAAUUGUGGUCUGAUAAUGCUCAGUCAUAACAAAAAUUUAUAAUUAUACCUGUAUUAUUUAUGUGAGCAUACAUGAAAGUAUAUAUUCUAUCUGUCACUAUUAUGUUCAUUUUUAGCUGGACACUUUUGAAGAAAAAACUUCAGCUAUUGUUACAGUCAUGGUGUCAGCUAUUGUUACAGUCAUGGUGUCGUAGCCGUUGGAUGUUGCUGUUUGAAGUUUUUAACAUUGAUUAUUAUCUUUUUAUUGCACAUUGGCCAUCAUAAUUGGACACAGCAACACUUUAGACAAUACCUUCAAGGAGUUUUGCAAUAACUGGCUUAACCUGUGUUAUUUAUGAAUGGAUUGACGUCAUAUUUGACACAACAUCAUUGGGCAAGAUAUUUAAGUAAGCCAGAAUGAUCUUGACUCACAAAUAACCUUGAAUUUGAAGGACAAAUUAUUGAUUGGCCAUUUACAGAUUUGAUUUUAUACUUUGGCAAAACAACUCUGACAACCAUGACUAAACUAACAUUUUGUUGUUGUUUUUCCAAAUGACUGUAUUAAGGCCUUGAUCUUCAAGGUGUCAUUAUUGAACUUUGCAUAAAUUGUCACAACUUUGUUAUAUAUAUUUAUGUAUUUGAUUAAUUCUUGAAAAAAUCCCACCAACACUUAAGAUAAAACAGAUACAUUGUAUAUUGAAUAAUUCAAAUAUGACCUUGACCUUUAAAUGACAUUGAGAGUGAUGGUCAUAUUAUUGAAUUUAGCUUAAUUUGUUAUAUCUUUGUAAUUCAUUUGCAAAUUUAAAUUAUACUUGGGGGGAAAAACAACACUUGUGUCAACAAAGACGUGUUAAAAAACUUCAAAUAAUGAUAUUGAUGGUGAAAGUCAAAUUAUCCAAAUAAGUUAAGUUGAAGUUGUGAUAACUUUAUGAAAAUAAAACAAAAUUUGAGGUCUCUAUUAGAUGUCAAUUGUUAUUAUUUUUAUUAAGACAAUCUAGUCUUCAUCAGCAUUAUUUUUACUUUCAUGUAUGAAUGAUUUUUAUGUUGAAUUAGAUGGUGCCAUUCUUUCUCAUCAAAUAAGAUGGUUUAGAUUUGCUUAAAUAAAAAGUGUCUAUUUCAUGUAAAAUGUCUUCAUGAAAAAAUAAAACAAUUUUUACAAGUAUAUCUUUGUAUUUUUAUGGUGUAAAAAAAUAGAACAAAAAUC